UUUCUAUGACCUGUAUCCUCCGCCACCACCUGUCAACUCAACCACAAACUUUGUCUCUGGAUUUACUUGACGCUCUCGAUAAUUCAUGCUUGGUGUUAUUUUGUCAUUUGUAUUUAUUUCUAGAAAAUGACGAUUAAACAUUUCUCAAUUGAAUAUGACUCCAUCAAUAGUCAAAACAUCUUCACAAACGGAGAUACAAUCAAUGGAAGGAUUAUCGUGGAGGUCUCAAAAGAAACGCCAAUCCAAUCGCUAACCUUUAUUGGAAAAGGAAACGCAAGGGUGUGCUGGCAUGAGUACUACGGGCAAUAUAGCAGCUACUACUACUGGUCUGAUGAAAAAUACUACGAAAUCAAACAACGUAUCUUGCAACCUGAUAUUGGUUUUAUUAGCAAAGGAAGACAUGUGUUCCCCUUUUCCUUCAAGGUCCCUAACAGGACCAUGCCAUCCUCGUUCAACUCGUCUGUUGGUAAAAUUGUUCAUAAGCUUAAAGCUGAACUUAAACAAUCAAUGAAGUUGACCAAAACAGUAAAAGCCCACUUCACAUUUGUCUCCAAAGCAGACAUGGGUAUACCUGGACUUAUGGAACCUCAGUUUGGUUCCAUGGAUAAAAAAAUAACGGUCUUUGGUUCUGGAACCAUUGCAAUGGAUGUUUACACAAAAAGGAUGGGAUAUCAACCUGGUGAAGAUCUCCAAGUCAAAGUUGAAAUUCAAAACCAAUCAUCCCGUGACUUGAAACCGAAAUUUGUAUUGUACGAAAAGCUGAGUUUCUUUGCUCAAGGAAAGAGGAAACUUUGCAUGCAGAACAUCCUCAAGGAGAAACUCGAGCGUAUCGAUGCCCAUAGCAAAAUGGUCGUGAAGAAGGUGAUCACAAUCCCCAGGAACAUAUCUCCAUCCAUUUUGAAUUCCUCCAUCAUCAAGCUGGAAUACAGGCUGAAGAUCUUUCUGGAUGUCAAAUAUGCAAUAAACCCAGAAAUCAAACUUCCAAUAGUUGUCCUACCUGCUCUUGAAGGUCCUGCAGGACAACAACCUCCAGGUCCCGCUACAUAUACAUUUGAGGAUUUUGGGAAAUCAAAAAAACAGAGCUCACGCAAAGCAUCGCAGUCUUCGGAUCUCCCUCCACCAUAUGAAGCACAUGCCGACUAUCCCACCUUGAGUUCUCAGAAUUAUCGACUAUAAAUUAGAACCAAAACGAUAACGUUCUACUUUUCUAAUUCAUCAUAAGCAGUUGCUAGAUGGUGACUUAGUGCUCACAACAUCAUCAAAGACAACACACAUCCCACCUCCCAGCUGUUUGAACUGCUUCCUUCUGGGAGGCGCUACAGAGCCAUUUGAACAAGGGCUACCAGACUGAAAAACAGUUUCUUCCCAAGAGCCAUCACCGCUCUGAACUCUGAGAGAAAACAACACCAGCUAUAAUACAACACCGACACUCCUUUAAAAACUACGUGCAAUAACUAUUUACUAUUUAUUAUUUACUUUCUGUACAAACCUCAUUCAUGUUAAUACAUAUACCCAUAUUGAACAUACUGUAAAUAAGAUUGUUUAACCUUCAUUCUUAGACUAAUAUGAACUCUAAAUAAGAUCUUUCACUUUUAUUCUCAGACUUCCUUUUAUACUUUUUUAAAUUUUGUACAUUUGCACUAGGAAGGGAGCAGCUAUCCGAAUUUCGUUGUACAACUGUAAGUUGUAAAAUGACAAUAAAGGGCAUUAUAUUCUAUUCUUUUUAACUACCUUCAGUUUUACAUUUGGCUUUGCCUCUUCCCACCUCUUUUCACAAACAUUGCACAUGACAGACUGAAACAUCCCAGCGAUGUGGUAGACAUUGGCAAAUGCACAGAUUCUUAUCCGAGUUGCUUUUACGAUUGUAUGCUCUAAAUCGUGAAAAAAAUAACAAUAAGUUCAAUGAAUGUCUUCAUCAAAAAAUUUAGACAAUAUGUCAAAAUGUUGGUACUUAUGGGGUUUUUUGGGGGGGGGGGUAAUCAAGGAUUUAAUUAAUCGUAGAUCAAGAAGAUAAACUCAUUCACUGUCAUUGACUGCUAUCGAUGUGAAAGACUCAUUUUAAUAUUUAAAGACAGUUAUUGACCGUCACACCGCCACAAAACCCUUUUGAUACAGAUAACACUGCAUAUAUAUAUUUUUUUAUCUUGUAUGUAUAGAAAAAAAAAGUGUCGAUUAUGAAAUCAACAAGCUGCUACACAAAAUGUGAAAUUUUCUUUCUAUAUGUGAAAAUAUUUUGAAUUCUGUAAAAAGACACUUGAUUGAAUCGUACUCUCGAAUAAAACAGUCAAUGUCCA